AGUUUUUUACUAUGGCUUCUACGGAACUUGAUCCUUUGUUCGUAAAAGGGCUGCGGCUACUUCAUUCGAAAAGUAGGGAAUCAGCUGAUCAGCUAAAAAUGCUUUUAGAUGAUGCAAUUGCACAAUCUAAACAAAGUGCGCAUGUAAAAAUUUAUACAUCAGUGAAAAUGGAAGGAGAAAGCAAACUUCACCUAAAAAAGACCUUAAGAGAGGUACCAGAAAUUUCAAACUUUUCUUCAAAGCAUUCUAUAGAAGAAAACAGAGAAAGAAAAGCAGAAAAGCGACAACUUGAAAAAGUACUUAUAUAA